GAAUAACAUUCCUUCCUUCGACAUCUAACGAGAGCGAAGGAAUCAAGCAACCCUAACCAGCACCGCUCUUAAUAAUACUAUAAAAACCCGGCCCAGUCCAACGCGUCAAAUGGCAGCCCUAGCCACGACCCUCUCCUCCGCCGUCAAGUCUCCCAGAUUCCGUCGCCGGCUGCCGUUAGUGGGCGCAUUUUGCGUGCUGACUUUGGGGAUCUCCAACCUCUGCCCUUUACUGCCUCUAUCCCUCAGAACGGGGUCCUCUCUGUCCCUCCCUCCCUUCCGAUCGAAGCUGAGCCGCGAAACGCCGGAGAAGAGAAGUUACAGCGUCAGGAUGGAAGCCAGCAGCCAGACUGUGCCGAGCAUUGUCGUCUACGUUACGGUCCCCAACAAGGAUUCUGGUAAGAAACUUGCAGAAAGCUUAGUCAAAGAGAAACUUGCAGCAUGUGUAAACCGAGUACCAGGCAUUGAAUCAGUGUAUCAAUGGCAAGGAGAGGUUCAGACAGAUUCUGAGGAACUGCUUAUAAUAAAGACAAGGGAAUCACUUUUGGAUGCGCUAAAAGAGCAUGUCAAGGCAAAUCAUGAAUAUGAAGUACCUGAAGUAAUUGCAAUGCCAAUAAUUGGAGGCAGCAUCCCAUACCUUGAAUGGAUCAAGAACAGUACAAGGGACUGAAUUUCUCUACCACAACCACCAAGUAAAGCUAUAAGAAUCUUCGAAUCGGGUGUGAAUAUGUCACUAUCUUUCUUUGUUUGAAGUCAUUCGGUUGUACAUUCUGAUUGGGCGAUCUUUCUCUUCUGAAACUUAAUAUGGCACCAGUUGUGUGUAUUCUACUCUGACCUGGAGGAGUUUAUGCUAAAUAAAGGUUUUUAUAAUAAAA